GUGCUGCAUGGAAUAGGAGAAAAGGGAAGGAAAUGGGUGUGGGUGUAGGGAAGAGAGAGAGAGCUGGAAUCAUGUUCCUUUUUGAAAGCCCAAAGCCACAGAUAAUCUGUAUUCUGUAACAGUGUAUUUGGUUAGAGGCAUUGAAUGGUCUGGAGUCAUCUGAACCUACAUCCCAGCCUAAAAUAGUGUUUGCUUAUCAUCACAGAUUCAUCUCAUCCGUCAUCCCCUCGUUCCGAUCUAAAACUAAAACCUAGAAGCUACUCAUUCGUCACAAAACAGACGGACCAACUCAUUCCUCCCAUCCGAACCUACAAAGAGUGACUUUAUGCUGGAUCACCUGGUUCCGAACAGAGUUAUUGCACUAACCAAACAGACCGUAGAUGUGGCAUCGCCUGCGCUGGUGGCUGCUGCUGCUGCUAUCGACCGCAGCCACACUAGCUAGAUCCUGCGGUCCAGAACGCCCGUGUGCACGCAAGCGAGCGCCAAGGGGUGUGCCACUACCAGCGCAGUGCGCAGCGCCCCCAUCGGUUGUUCGCACGCCAUAGCUCCCGUCCCGUGGAUCCCUUCAUCAUUGCCGCGCCACAUUCCGCGACCCCGGCCGCCUGCUACUAGCUGCUAGUGCAUCAUCUACAAGUAGCACAGCACGCACGCGCUGAGAACCAGACACACCAGUGGUCUGGUACUCUGGUCGCGCCGAUAGCUGCCACUGAACGUCUGAACCCACCACCGGCACCACCGCGACAGCGCGCAGCGGCUCGGACGAUCGACGGCCAUGGCGAACCGUCCGUCGCGCUCGCGCCUGCUGGUCCUGGCGCUCGCAGCCGCAGGGCUACUAGCCGCCACGCGCGCGGAAGCCUCCACGCCAGCAUCGCCGGCGCCGGCGCCGGGGCCGUCGGCGGACUGCACGGACGCGCUGCUGGGGCUGGCGGGGUGCCUGGGCUACGUGCAGGAGGGGAGCACGGCGGCGGCGCCCGACCCGUCCUGCUGCUCGGGGCUCAGGGACGUGGUGCGCGGGGAGGUGGCCUGCCUCUGCCAGCUCUUCCAGGGCGGCCAGGACUUCGGCCUCUCGCUCAACAUGACCAGGGCCCUGCAGCUGCCCGCCGCGUGCAAGGUCAAGACGCCGCCCGUCAGCAAGUGCCACGUUCCGGCUCCCUCGUCCGGGGCCCCAGACUUCGGGCAGUCGCCGACGCCGUCGCCGUCAACCCCUUCGGGAUCACCGGCAGCAACCGGGAGCCAGACCAGCGCUCCAGCGCCUUCCCCAGCGCGUUCCGCCGCUGCCGGCCUCUCGGCACCACCACGGGCCUUCACCUUCAUCGCUGCCGCGACUCUGUUGGUGUACCGGGUCUUGUGAGCUGGGCUCACUCACCCGAGUUCAUGCGCUCCGCCCGUACCUUACCCCAGUCUGACCACAAAUCAUGUACCGAGAGAUGUAUCUUGUGAGCGUUUCCGUUUCGUUUAGUAGCACUGCGGCUGUUCAUGGAUUUCACUGCCUCGCAUAAAUAAUGCUACCGGCCGGCCACGAAUAGCUUACCCCGCUGCCGCUGAGUAAGUACAUCACGAUGUUCAUUCGAAGGGCUCGCAGCUUACUUAUACAACCUUAUAGUAUGUAUCAAGUGUACACAAUACACGUUUCGCAAUGCGCCUGAGCGCGUAGGCCAGGGAUGUGCGAAAUGCUCACGCCUCACGGGCAUUUUGCCAGCGAGUGCAGCUGUUGCAAGAAGAGAAAAAAGAAAAGAAAAGAAAAAAAA